AGCCCGCCACGUUGAGAGCAUAGACUGUAAAAAACAGUUGAGAGUUAUUGGGACUGCCAGGUGUUGAAGAGCGGAUGGAAGCAAGCAUGUGUGUCUUGUGGUGGGAUUGCUUUAGCUUCUAUAUGGCUUGAGAGAUUGAGAGAAGCGGAAUAUGCAUAAUGAAUAGGCCACAUUUUAUUAUUUUAUUUCUGAUUUGCAUAUAUGAUCGUCAACGCUGCACUGAACUGCUAUGUUCUUGACCCCUUGCGACGAUGCUUUGGUUCCUUUUGUGUUUCGUGGAUGUUCUUGCGGCCUCAUUUGACGUGACGGUCACUGAUAAGCAUCUGCUGGCAAUCCGGGGUCGUCCAGCUGUUCUGGGCUGUGAGUUCACACCUGAUCCUGAUCUCUCCAGCCUGGUGAUUACCUGGCAAAGAUCGGAGGAUUCACAGGUUGUCCACAGUUUCUAUUAUCAGCAGGACCAACUGGACAGACAGAGUCGAGAAUUCCAUAAUCGGACAUCAUUGUUUAUUUCAGAGCUUGGUAAAGGAAAUGCCUCAUUAAGAAUUGCAAUAGUUAGACCGAAGGAUGCAGGCUCUUACCUGUGCAUAGUGAGCAAUGCAAAGGGAACGGGAAGAGCCUUGAUGAACGUGAUCUAUGGAGCUCUUUACUCUGAGCCCAGGUUGAGCAUCCAUGUAAACUCUUCUGCAUUGACAGUGCAGUUUGAGACAGAGGGAUUCCCCAAACCUGAGGUGAUCUGGCUGGGGGAACACGGCCAGAACCUCAGCUAUCACCUGGAGCUCCACGACCAGACAGAAGAUGGGCUUUAUUUCAUAAAGAGCAGCUAUGAGGCCCAGAAGCCAGCGGUUAAUGUCACAUUUACACUGAAGAACAACCUCCUGAACCAGAACCUUCAGAGACCCGUGAUCCUCAGCUAUGAUAAGGACACAACUGCAAAUCAAGGAACCAUCGCACUUGUCCUGUCCGUGGUUUGUGUUUUUCUGGUCAUUGUUAUCAUUUGGUUAGUGCGGAAGCGAAAUAAGUUGAGAUCAAACCCUAUGAGGAACAGUAACGGUUAAUGAUUGCUGUAGGAGCUUUGCAUACAUGUUUCAACAUGUUGAGUUGUUGUGUUCAUACAUUACAUCACUGGCCAUGUGUAACACAAGCAGAUCAAAAGUCUAUUCAGUGUACAUACAAUCCUUCUUGGGAAAAAAAUCUUCAGUUAACAUCAAUUUACGCAAGAAUGCUUGAAUGAACAGUAUGUAUUUACAAUAUACACGUGCGCCAAAAAAAAAGACCGUAAGAGGCAGUCAGAUGGGUGUGUCGAAAGUCAUUUCUUUGUGUUAGCUGCUUAUUUAUUUUUCUGUUGUGUAUUUUUUUAAAAACAUUUUGUACAAAAUCCAUCAUAUUAAAUUUAACAAGGGGGAAUUUCCUCACACUUUAAAAUUUCAAUUAAAUAUUUAAUAUUUUAACUACUGAAUAAUGAUUCUGUACUGUAUGAAGUCAAUUGAGUUAAUAUUGUACCUUGACAUAUGUAAUACUGAACUUCUACAUAUAUUUAAGUUUGUACAGAGUACUCAGAGCAGUACUACAAAUUAUAGACCAUUUACCUUUUGUGUAACAUG